AUGUUUCCUGAUAAAGUAGCGCAGGCGGUCCUUUCCCACUAUGACAAACUUCCACCGUCAGCAAAGCCAGGGAUUCGUUCAAAUGGAGUUCGAGAAUGGACAAUGCUAGCAGGGGUUGUGGCGGUAGUCGAUAGCUCCAUAGUUCCAUUGACCAUUGCAACUGGAGUCAAAGCGAUGCCUGACGAAAUCAGAAAAUAUUCAAAAGGGAAAAUAGUACACGAUAUGCAUGCUGAGAUAUUGGCGUUACGGCUCUUUAACUUGUUCUUGCUUGAAGAGUGCCAAAAGCUUAUAGAAGGCAAGUCAGAAUUUGUGGAGAAAAUCGGCGAGAAAUUCAAACUUCGAGAUGAGAUCAAGUUGGUGCUUUAUGUCAGCGAACCGCCGUGUGGCGAUGCCUCUUUGGCAUAUUCUGCUAAAGGCGAAGAAGGCUGGGAACAGGAACCACAGAAAAAACGCCAAAAAGUUCUUCGUGGUAGAAGUUUUUAUGGCCGGAUUGGCGAGGUGAGAACCAAGCCUGGAAGAAGUGAUAGUUUAAUUACUCUAAGCAAAUCUUGUUCCGACAAGUUGUGUGCCAAGCAAGAACUUGGGCUCACGAAUGCAUUGACAGCACCAUUAUUUCCGCAAAAUUGUUUUUUGGAUAGCAUUAUUGUUCCUGAUGGACUAAAGAGUGAUUUUGACAGGUGCUUUGGAAGAAUAGAAACGAACCAUCAGAUCAAGCUCCAAUUUAGCUCGGUGAAAUUCCAGAGUGGGAAGCCUCUGACGGAAGAUUUUGAAGAGGUAAAGAAGUAUUCGCCGUCGCCAUUAUCGGCGUUGAAAAUUGUUCCUUCUGGCACUUUUCAGGUGCUCAACAACGGAGUGAAAAAUGGCAGUUUUGUGAAGGGAAAACCGCCAAAAAAAGGCGGAGAGAGCAUUAUAAGCAAUUGGAAUAUGGCACAAACUGCAAAAGAGAUUCACAAAGAUUCCGCUAGUUUGAAAGUGGGUCUCACUUACCACGAUUACAAAACCAGUUUUGAACAGCGACAACGACUCAAAUUGAAAACCCGCAGCCAGCUCCAAACCUGGAUACCUACCCUGGUCGAUGACUUUACCUUGUAA